AUGGUCUUACAUAAGAACAUCCUAAAUGAGGAUGCUUAUGUCCUCAGGCCCACCUGUGGCUGUGGGACCAUCCACUCAGGCCCCCGACUUUGUGGGUGGGGAAAAAAAAAAGUUCUGGUUAUUGGCCCGGGAAGCUCCCGGGGCAGGGUGCCCAUUUCCAAGACGCAGCCCUGGCUGGGAAGCCAACUUUUCCAAGAGGCCAUUCCUUCCGGCUCCCUUCCUCUUCCCCACCAGGUACUCAGCCCCUCACACUCGGAGCCCGGCCCCCUGGCCCAGCCCCCCAUUUCCGGAGCCUGCGCCCCGGGACCUGGCAGGGACCGGUCCCCCGGGAGGCCUAGUUCUCGCUUCUUUCCCGCCCCGGCCUCACUCCCGCCGGGCGCCACGGCCCCCUGGAGCCCGGGGACCGAGGCCAGAGGAGGCCACCCACCUGGUCGGAGUCACAUGCUGCCCCGGACCGGCCCGAGAGUCCCCUCCAGGUCCGGGCGCCCGCCGCGGUCCCCAGCCAGGCCAGGCCGCCCCGGCGCCCCACCCGCGGCCCGCCCCUGCCGCCGGACGGGAGGGAGGGACCGGCUUCUCCUAAGGAAGUUUCAGGAACGCUGUGGUCCACAACGCCAAACAGUUUCGUGGGUAGACUGUUCCCCGAUCCCUGUGUCGGCUGGCUGCUCCGCUGAUCCUGGUACCAAGAAGAGGCCCAGCAGUUGUAUGAGAGGCCCUGUGGAAUAAAACUUGACCGAGGAAGAAUGGCCUCCUCUCUGAUAGUCCCGAAGCAAUACUGUAUUCAAAAAAAAAAAAAAAAAAAGUCCUAGUUCCGUCAUGCUCCUUUGAAGGAUUAAAUUUUAAACAGUUAGCUAGCUUUGACACACUCUCAAUUGUCAUGAAAAACACAGGAAGUAAGAGGAAAUGCCAAGACUAGGAUUCAGCCAUAUAAGGGCAGGCCAGCAUGCUUCAUAAACCCAGCACAAGCCUGAGAACUAGGAGUGAAGUGAAUCAGAAAAUUAAAGCUGGCUGAAAAGUUUAGACUCCUUCUAGCCUGGGAGAGGGAACUUCAGCAAUCAGAACGUCCUGAUCUCUACUUGGUGAACAGGUUUUGUCAAUUUCUAAUCUAGAAGUUGCUGGUCUCUGACGGCUUCCGUAAUGCUGUUUGGGAUUAGCGGUGGGGAUGGGGACGGGGUAUUCAUUUGGCUGCUCUUGGCCCUCCUUGGUAUCAGCUUGCUUUCCCUGUUUUCUCUCCAUCUGGGUCUCACACAGGAACCUCCUCGUGUUUGCUGAUUCUGAGCAAAUUCUUAGUAUUUUUGUUCUUUAAGUCUUUUGCUUCUCUGCUCUCUGGCUCCUGUCCCAAGUUAAAAGGAAAUGUUGACCUGGCUUUCCCAUUGAUAGUAGGAUGUAGAAAAGUUGAACCGCCCAGUGAGGAUGUUUUCUCCGCUCCUUGAGCCUGCCCCUUGUCUUUAGGGUGUCCCUGAAUAUAAGAGCAGUUUAGCGCUCCUCACUUUGCAGACUGAGUUUCAUUAUUUAGUGUAUAUUUUUCUUUUACCUUUCUUGGUGCCUGGACUUUGGAGUGAGGAUUAUCAUCCUGUCCUGAGAUAAAAGAGACUUUUUGGGGGCUCAUAUUUCCUCUAAAACUCUGAGAUAAGAGAGGGGAUGAUAGUGGAAAGAGGAUGGGAUAUAUAGGUCCAGACAGAUGUAGACUGGAAUACUUGGAUUUUACCUUGGCCACUUAUUCAGCAUGAAAAUGUGGGGACUUUAACUUUCUGGUGCCUUACUUCGAUGUUUCCAUGAGUUGUUUCCCACUCUCAUUGAUAGUAGCUCCUCCCCUGGGUUGCUGUGGCAACUCAAGAAGGGAUAUAGAGAAAUCACUUAUACAAGAACACUGUAUGGGAAGGUGCUGGAUAUGGGUUAUUUUCCUUUUGUAAUUUCUAAGAGGACCUGACAGUUAUGAAUGUGAAAUGAAUUUAUAAUAACAAGCUAAGAGGAAAAUGGGUUCAGACUAAAGUUAAUUUUGAAUGAGCGCUGUAUUUGGUGCAGAAGAGUAAGCAGGCUCUGGACUUGGAGGUCACUUCAGUCAGAGAAAGUGCCUCUGAAAUCCAGCUAGGAGUGAGGAGAGGAACAAGGAACUUCCUUGUGUAGUUCUAGAUGUUAAGGCUAAAUUGUUUUGCAGUAGGAAUGCACUUGCUUUAACCCUGUAGCUGCCAUGGUCUUGAAGACAAUCACCUGGUGUUCCGUGUUCCUACUUGGGCAACUCUGAUUCCUGCCAAUCCUAUGCGAGCUCUGAAUGCAGCUCACACAUUCCUGCCUCUGCCUUUUGCCUGCGCGUAUAUCCCACCUUCAGACUGGAGUUGCAGUGAACUUCUUUUCUUAACUUGGGUGACUAUGGUCUCUUCAUCUCUGUCCUUUAAAUCCACCCUGACUUGGUCACUACAGUUCUUAGCUAUUUUGUUAAGAGUUUGAUAAAAAUAUUUUUUUUCUUUUCUGCA